CCCACUUUGCUGGAUUUGGAAAAGUAAUAACACACUGUGGCAGUGGAUGACUCACACCCUGUAUUAUACAUGAAGAGGGAAACUGCACUAAGAAUAGAACCAAAACAGGAGCUUCUCUUGCAGUCACACGUCCUUCCUGUCUGAGCCUGUCAGUGUCUGGAUCAUGGAUCCUCCUCACCACGACCCAGGAAACCACCUGAGCUCCACUUCACAUUCAGCUGGAAAUGAUCAAACAGCUGACAAUCCAGCACCUGACCAUGGAAACCCACCAGCGCCAGGCAGACAGCCACAGUACUCCGGUGCAUACACCAUGUUCCCACCAAAAGAAUCUUUGCGAAGGGAGAUCCAAAUGGUGGCUCGACAAGAAGAGGAGGCUCUUCAGAGGCUGAAGGAAACACGCCAAGUCCCCUCUGUGCACCUGAAUCCAGAGAGGCUGGGUGGCGAAGUGACAUUGGCUGAAGCCCGAGCGAAGCAGUCCUUGGACCAGCGUUGCUCCAGACUGCAGAAGAAGCUAAAAAAGGAAGAUCUGGACAAGAGAAGGAGACAAGAGGAGGAGGAGAAGCUACAACAGUGGAAAGCCGCACAGAGGGAGAAGGCAGAGCAACUGGAGGAGAAGAACCGACAGGCAGAGCAGAGGAGGAGGGAGCAGCUGAAGUUCGAUCACUUCAGGACAAAUGAGGGUUUUCUGCAGAGGACUGAGAGGAGAGCCCCAGGCCCAGUGGCUUCCAGCAGUGCCACGCACACGUCAUCCAGGAGUGAGGCUGUGGAGAGUAAACAGGAGAGAAGUGUGAGAGAUGUUGAGCUGGAGCGCCAGAGGGUGAACUCAGCCUUUCUGGACAAACUCGAGGGUCGAGGCAGAGGAAUGGAGACAGAGGCAUUGAGGGAAGCUGUUUGGGAAGCAGAGGGUCCCUGUGUCCCUGCUAAAGGUUUUAGACAGCAGCCAUCUACAACAACUGGACAACAUCUCGCCCUCGCUCACCUGAAACUAGAUCCAGAUCACAGCUGGACAGAGGAAGCCGACUUAAAGCCUGACUGUGACUGGGCCCUGAUGAGGCUGAUGAGCAGCUUUCCAGACUACAACAAAGUCUUUCUAGAAGACAUCCUUAACCAGUGCAAUGGCGAUUUUGAGCAGGCCUACACACUGCUCUGCUGCAGCUAAAUUUGAUCUAUGUUUAAUGGUGGACUGGUGUUUGACAGUUUAGGAGUCUGGCCAAAAGAAAUUGUAUAAUUGCUGUUCAGGUGUUAAAGAAUAGUUACAUGCUGUUGUUAGGUAUUUUUAGUCAGAUAGAAAUUGGAUAGAUACUUUAUGUAUUAGAAAUGUUUAGUGGAGAUAGGA